CUGAAAGCCGACAUAACAAAAAACCACACUGAAUUAGCUGGUGACUCGUUAUAAAGGUCUGCUUUUGGAACAGGCAACUGCUGCAGAACCUCCAGAAGCAAGGAUCUUCACACAGUCACACUGAGGAUCAAGUAAAGCUUUGAAGACAGGCAUUUUUCAUCAUAACAGAGAGAGGUAUCCUUACUCAUUAUGGCUGACCAACUGGCCUUCACAGGAGAGAACACUGAACGGAUUCUUGCUGUUGAGAGCUUCUUCGGUCCAUCAGGAAAGCCGCUUAACAAAGAGGGUCGGGUGCUGGUGGGGGAGGGGCGUCUGAUGAAGCUGUGCCGGCGCAGCCCUCAGCCCCGGAUGUUCUUUCUCUUUGAUGACAUCCUGGUGUAUGGCAGCAUUCUGGUCCAUGGCCACUGGUACACCAACCAGCAAAUCAUCCCACUGGAGAAUGUUGUGGUGGAGGACCUGGAGGAUGCACCUCACCUGAAAAACCAGUGGCUCAUUCGCACACCACGCAAGUCCUUCUUUGUGUCAGCCGCCUCACCAGAGGAGAAGCGUGCCUGGAUCGAGCACAUUGAGGAGUGCCGCAUCAAGAGGCUGGAGCAGACAGGCUACCUGCCCAGCAGCAACCUCGCUGCAUCCUGGAUCCCUGACCGGGCCUCUGCCAUCUGCAUGCGCUGCUUUGAAAAGUUCACAGUAACCCAGCGCCGCCACCAUUGCCGGCAGUGUGGCUUUGUGGUCUGUAGCUACUGCUCCAAGAACCGCUUCCUCAUCCCAAACAUCUCACAUAAGCCUGUUCGUCUGUCUGCCUGCCACUGCUACGAGAAAUUACAGGCUGAGAGCAUCCGCAGGAGGGGCAACAGUGACGGGAACAACUCAAACAACUCUGAUGAGGAUGAGCUGGCCAUGCCUACGUAUGAGACAUCCAGUGACGACGAAGACAACGAAGAGCGUAGUGAGAACCUCUCACCCCAACGGUGGGCCAGCACACACAACCAUGACCAGCAAAACUCCUGGUCAUCCUACAUCCGUUCCUAGGCUGACCAAAACACAGACUUCCCACAGAUGUGACUAAAGCUAAUCGAAUGCUGCACAGUCCUUGUGAGAUAUAAGAGUGAGGGGGGGUGGCAGAGUUACCCACAACUGCUUCACCUUUGAGGGCCCUCUGGCUGGUGGUGACAAACUGGAAAGGACUACUAUAGGACUAGGGACAAAUAUGUCUCCAGCAGUGUUUACAUAAGUACAAAUGAACUGCUUUGAACUGAAAUUGAGAAUUAUCUACAGAUGAAGACAGAUUUUACAGUUUUUUUAAAAAACACUAUUGCUAGA